UAGUGGGACUGGGGACUCAAAGAAAACUAAAUCCAACCUGGGUGCCAGAUUUGACCAUAUUCUGGCCAAAAGGAGCCUAUCAGGGCCCAGAGAAAGAGACAGAGUCGUCACUAGAUUGAACAGGUGUAAACAAGGAAGUAAGGUGUUGCCAUGGAUUCAGUGACACACGGUUGGCUACAACUUUAGUCCCGUUUUUUCGUUUUUUGUUUUUUCAACCGAUAGUUCGUAAAUUCUGGAAAAUUGAGCAAGCCGAAUUCGCUAUCAGCCGUUCCUGUUUGCCAUGUAACAUUGGUUGUGCUGAUAACUAUCACUGAAUAACUUUGAUACUGAAGAAAACUUAAAAACGCGAUGACUCUCAGGCAAGUUCCGGAGUUGUGAGGAGCGUCUUUUUCUGGGAUUUCUAAGCGGGUUUGUGGACGUUUAUCAGCAAUGGACAUCGGAGAUAACGACGUCCUCGGAAAAAGUAAUGAUCUUCCCCUCCAUUAUCUACGCCUCCUGGCCCCGCCCUUGCAGCUCAUAUCAGCUGCAGUGUGGCAAGUUGUGCAGCAGGGACUUGUGGAUCACUACGGGAUGCUGGAAGAGUUUGUUACCAUGGUGACGGAGCUGGUCCCAGAGCUGAUGAGCUACAGUCAGAGGGCUCAGCUCAUCCUGGGACUCCGAGCCAGGCUGGUCCUGGAGAUGUGUCGGGGUGAGCAUCCAGCGGACAUGCAGACCAUUCAGCCACAUCUGGACAGAAUCAAAGCUCCUGUCAGCACGGCCAAGGAUCACCAUGUCACCAUCAACCAGGUGGAAGAGUCUGAGGUUAACUUUGUGGAGUUGGUGCAUUCGUUACUGGAGGAUCCCUCUGAAAGAAAAUAUUUUUUCCAGGAAAUCUUCCCUGUAUAUUUUGGGUCAAAGUAUGAUGCAACACUCGAGAUGCUGGUGUGGGAGUUCAUAUCAAGACUGGAUGCACUGCUGCCAGUUCCAGACUUCACACAGCUGGCAGCUCUGGUCGGAGACGCUCCGUCAUUCCUAGACGACUGUUUACAAUCCCUUCUCCCGCCAGAGGACAUGAAGGCUGUACUUGAACACCACAGAAACCUUGGCCAUUUUGAAGAGAAAGAUCCUAGAUUAUUACCAAUGGACGACUGCAUCCUCUCAUCCCUGUCGCUACCUCCUGGGACCAAAGCUGUCAUGAACACCACCUCCUGCUCACCUGCUCUCAAAGACCCAGCCUCUCCAGAGCACAAAGGACGUCUCAAUGCUCCCAACAACACAAGCAGCCUGGAGAGGCCGUCCAGGAGGAGCUCUGAGACAAUCAGACAAAGACUCAAGGAGUCCGGGGACUCUGACAGUUGGCAACUGCAGGUUAGAGGCAGGAACGUUUCUCAGGAGAGGAAGGCGCAAAGCUCGACUAGCGUGCCGCCGUGUGAUGAAACCAUAGACCUCACUACGUCUAAUGAGACUGCAGACACGGACCCAGAGGCUGAUGGGGACAACCGAAGCUUGAGAGGAGCGAGGAUUCUCAGGAAGAGGAAGCUGAGCGGAGGUGUAGAUGUUCCCACUAAGCUGCCUGUGGAGGCGUCAGCUUUCUUGGAUUCCUCAGUGGACGAUGAGAAUUCAGGUGAAUCUCCUCUAAUCUCGAUAUGGGGAGACUAUACAGACUCUCAGGAAGGUUCCUUCCCGGUCGCAACGGACACAAAGGUUCCCUGGUCGGACGAGGAGACGCUCAACCUGCUGGACAUCUGGGGGAAGGACUCAGUGCAGCGGGCUUUGAAGGGCUGCUUAAAAAACCGUCACAUAUUCACGCAAAUCGCUCAGAAGAUGGCAGAGAGGGGAUACAGGAGAACAGUGGAGCAGUGCCAGACGAGGAUCAAACGACUGAAGAAAUGCUUCCGCCGGAACAACAAAGGAAAGUCCAGGCUUGAGUGUAAAUUUUACGAGCAGCUGGAGGGCGUCCUCAGCUCCUCGGCACCCUCCGCUGUUCCUGAGGUCACCUAUGACGUCGAGGAGGUCAUUGAUGACGAUGACGGCGAGGAGGAUUUGCAGUUUGUCAGCCAGACGAACCGUGUGGAAAUAGGAACUAGAAGCGUUCCAUGGACAGAUUUGGAGACGCUGACUCUCAUCAACACGUGGGGUGAAGACAAGAUGCAACAGGAUCUGAGAGGGAUGCACAGAACUGGACACAUUUUCUCCAUCAUAUCCAACAAGAUGGCCACCCAGGGCUUCUCCCGAACCCCAGAGCAGUGCCAGACGAGGCUGAAAAGGCUGAAAUCAAGCUUCAGGCAGUGCUACCAAAACAACUUGAAAGGACAGGUGCAAGUCGAGUGCAAGUUUUACAACGAGCUGGGAAGAAUUUUAGUGAAGGACUUCCCUUCAGUGCCGCAGUUGGACGAAAUGCCAGGAGAGCCUGAAGAUGAUGAGUUCUCUGCCUACCCCCAUCAUGAGAUCGUUUCUUCAGAGUCUGUUGUGGGUAUUCAAGAAGACAGGAAGAAAGUCCCCUGGUCUGAUAAAGAGACAGUCAUCCUUCUGGAGCUCUGGGGAGACGCACAGGUCCAGCAGGGCUUGAGACGGUUCCCACACAACAGUCACAUUUUCACUGAAAUAUCAGAGAAACUCAGCGCCCACGGCUACUCCCGCAGUGCAGAUCAAUGCCACACCAGGGUCAAACGUCUGAAAGCUAAUUAUCGCCAGUGUAAGGAAAAUAUGAGCUCAUCCGGGACCGAUAGAGUAGAUUUUAAAUUCUACGAUCUACUGGAACAAAUUCUGGACAAACAGCCGUCAACAUCCACCACUGUGGUAACCGACUCCAUAGAAAUAUCAGAGGACUCCAAUAGUGAAUCAGUGACUGAAACAGAUGGAGAAAUCAGCAUGUCAACAGAAAAACCAGCACCCAGCUCGUGGUCAGAGGAGGAGACGCUCGCACUUAUCGAUAUCUGGGGUGAAGAAGACGUUCAGAGGGCGCUGAGGGGUUUUGUCCAUAACGGGCACGUUUACGCCGAAAUUUCAGAGAGAAUGCACGACCUCGGCUUCUUGAAAACCUCAGAGCAGUGCCGCUGGAAAGUCAAGUCCCUGAGGAACAACUUUCGACAUUGCUACGACAGAAAGAAAUGUGGAAGAAGAGUAGAUUAUAAAUUCUACAACCAGCUGGAACAAAUACUGGGACAGGAAGCAGUUUCCCUUGAUGAGUACGAUGAAAGAGACGAACAAACAGACCAGGAUCCAGGUGCAGAAGGCCUGAACACAGUGUGGUCAGAGGAGGAGACGGUCACUCUCGUGGAAGUGUGGGCUGCAGAUGACGUGCAGCACAGCCUGAAAACCUGUGUCCGUAACGGGCACAUAUUCGCCAGCAUAUCGGAGAAGAUGGCCGCAAUGGGGUACCUGAGGACGGCGGAGCAGUGCCACUCCCGGAUCAAAAGGUUGAAGAAGACUUACAGGCGUUACUGCAACAGCCGGAGAAGUGGAGGACGGCCCGCGGUGUUUCGAUACUUCCACCUCCUGGCCCCAGUGCUUGGUGAUGACUCUGCGUACACUGAUGUGGACAGUACCGCUUCUGACGCCACCAUACAACCCUUUAUGGACAAAGAUCCUGAGUUGUACGAGCAACCAUCGACCAGCCACCUCCUGUCCGACCUGAGCAGAAAGAUGCCCUGGUCGGACCAGGAGACUCGAACUCUGCUGGAGAUCUGGGGCGAAGACAACGUCCAGCUCACCCUGAGAGGCUGCCUGAAGAACCGACACGUGUUUGAGUACAUCUCAGAGAGGAUGAGUGACCGAGGAUUUAUAAGGACCUCAGAGCAGUGCUACACCCGCAUUAAGCGCCUCAAACAUGGCUUUCUCCAUGAAAAGGAGGAAUUCAAGUUCUUCAACGAGAUGGAGGAAAUCUUCACGAAGGAGUUGAAGGUCGACAGUUCAGUCAUUGACACAUCAGCCACAGAUGAGCCGGAUGAAAGUGGACCAGAACUGAGCCAAAAGAAAGUUGCCUCAAGCAACCAGUGGGUUGCCGACAGCACAAAGCUGCCCUGGAGUGACGGGGAGACCGAGGCCCUCCUGGACAUUUGGGGGAGCCAGGAUAUCCAGGAGAACUUGAAGGGCUGCACCAAGAACAAACAUAUCUUCAUCCAGAUCUCUCAGGUCAUGGCCAGCCAAGGCUACCUGCGCACUCCUGAACAGUGUCAGACCAGGAUAAAGAGGCUGAGAGCCAAUUUCAGACAGUUCCUGGAAGGCAGAAAAGGAGAGAAGCAGGAGUGCAAGUUCUUCGACCAGUUGGUGCAGAUAUUUGGCAGCAAGUAUGUCAUGAACUCUGACCCCCUGGUUGACGAUACGGCCGAUGUUGUAGAGUCAUGAAACUGUCCAUCAUAUAAACAACACAGCAGAAGCAGAUGGACACAGAGAGACAUUCAGAGGAAAAAUAACAAGGACAUAACUGCAGAGACUGUGAUAUUAACUGCUGUGGUGUGCAGCUGUUUACAGAUGACAGACGAGAGCCUGUUCAGGCUCACUGGAAUUUACAUUCACCUCUGUAUAUACUUCAAAAACUUUUACAUUCUUCAGACACAAAGACUUUAGGCUGUAAUGUAGUAUGCAUGUGUGUGUGCGUGUGUGUGUGUUGUGUCCCUCAACUAGAGUGUCUAUGUGAUUAUUAACGUUAGAGCCAUCCCUCUAAAACCAGGAUGCUCAGGGCUUGAGGGGCAAAAGUCACUUAAAAUGCUGUGCUCUCCCAGAAAAGAUGUUUUUUCUAAUAUUAAAUUAUUUUGUACUUGAACUUAAAGUGAGCAACUUGAAGCAAAAAGAAAUACACACAAGGCCUCUAUUACCACAGCCUACAUUCGCUUUUUGGUCUUAAUUCAGGUCUCACUUGUUAAAUCUUCUGUCUUUGCACUUGUUUGUAAUGUUUGAAAUCUGAGUCGUGAAAGGUUACGGUUGAAUUCUUUAAGUUAAUGUUCAGUUUGAGUUGAUCCUGUCCAGAUUUUUAUUUAUUUAAAUUAUUGUUUACAUAUGUAUUCCAAAGUUUUAUGUUACACCUCAAACGUUGCUGAGGCAAAUUCUUCCACAAACUUGUCGAGGUUUUGUCACAUUCAUUAAAUGAAACUUGAAAUGUG